AAAUGGGCUCUUAAUUUACCCACUCCAAAAGCACCGAGUAACCGGCGACUUGAUAGUGAACCGGGUUCAUCUAUCGGGUCAACCAUCUCUCAACCACCUGAUUAAAACACUUCACCUGUCCAUUUUCUUUUGUCUGAACAAAAUUGAAAUCAAGAAACCACUGAGCUUUUCUUCUUCUUCUUCUUUUUUAUUUUUUUUAGACAAGAAAAAAAUGGAGCCAAGUCGGAGGAAGUUAUUAUUACUGGUAGUUUACGUAAUUACAAAUUUGUCCCUACAAGUAAGAGGUUGGACUGGUGAAAUUCAUGGCAGAGUUGUUUGUGAUGUCUGUGGUGAUUCUUCUGUUGGUCCUGAAGACCAUGUUCUACAAGGUGCAGAGGUUGCUGUUCUUUGCAUAACGAAGUCUGGGGAGGUUCUGAAUUAUCAGGCAUUCACAAACUCCAAGGGGAUAUAUAGAGUGGCAGAGACAAUGCCAGAGAGCGAUCGUUGGGAUGCAUGCCUAGCAAGACCCAUCAGCAGCUUCCACGAGCACUGCACACGUCUGGGAGAUAACAACUCGGGAGUAAAGUUCAGCUACAAACAUCCUUCAGGAUAUUCACACACAGUCAGACCAUUUGUAUAUCGUCCAACAAAUGUUCCAACGUACUGCAUCUAAGAAAUAUGUAUAUUGUAUCAUAUGCUACAGGCUAUCUAAGCUUGUUACUGUUAUUGUAUCCUGGUUGCCUUGAUUUUAUUGAAAAUUCAGUAGCAAUCUGGAUAUAUCUGAUAA